CUAACCAUCUAUCACACGCAAGGGAAACCCGAAGAGCUUCACAAGUGCUUCUUUGUGUUUUCAAUUUGGGUUGCUUCACUUUCUGAUCAGCAAGAAGAUCCAAUGACAGGAUGGACACUCAAGUCACUUCAGCAAAGUAUCAUUUUCCGACUAUUUUUUUUUACAAGAAUCAACCAAAGGAAAAUAAAUGAUUCAGGUCCUGCUUGCAUAAAUCCGCAAAAUUUGAGGGCAAGCUCUUGCAUCUGCCAUCUGAUGGUCAUUGGUGAUAUUACAACCUAAAAUGACUCAGUGAAAAUCGGGCCUGGCUGGGUUGCGUAUAGCAAUAAAUUGCGUAUAAUUGACGGCCAUUGAAGUCGGGGAGGGAAAUGUUUUUUGAAUUGUAAAAACAAAAUAAUUCAAUAAAAAUCACUGAUCAAACUUCAAUAUAUGAAAAAUAACAAGUAUAGAAACAAAAUCUGCUAAAUGAUUUUAGGGGUGACCCUCAAGGGUCUACUGUAGUAGAAGAAACAUGAUGCUUGGAACUUUGAUGAUUGGAUACCUACUGUACUGUUGUUUAUGUUUCUUGCUCACAUUUGGGGAAAAUGUUUGUUCAGAGUGGCACCCUCUGGCUGACUAAUGACAUUCCAGUGCAAUGGAUGCAUGGAAGCAUAAGGGGCCUUUUUGUAUGUACUCUAUACCGCAAGGAAAAAAUGAGCCUUUCAGGGUCACAGCAAAAAAAAAAAGUACAAUUUCACAGCAUGACGGCAAAUUGACUCAAAAUUAUCACUUGAAUUAAUUACUUAAAUGCUGUAAUGUGGAGAAACGUUUUUUUUUUAUUGUAUUGGUAUUAUGUAUAUAGACCAUUACGUAACAUACACCCGCAAAUUCUACAAAAAUUGCAAAUUUGCAAGAUUGUAAAGGACACUUUCCACUCUGCUUCACAAUAUUACCCUUUAAAAUGGUGGAUCUAAUUAAAAUGGUCUCUAAUUAAACACAUCAAUUUAGAUAAGAAAACGGAGCGACACUUUCACCCUAAUAAAACGAUCAAGCAUGAUUAAAGCAAGCUACUAAAGCAAAUGUUUGCCUGUUUUGGGCUUAUCGCUGACAUCCAUUAGUAUCUGGAAGCCAGAUCAAACAGAUUUGCUUUUUGGUUCACUUGCAUUAGGUCAGAUUAAAUAAAGCCUCCACUUGAGCCAAACGCAUGCCAAAACAAUGCGGCAGUUUAGGGGGCGCCAUAUGCACGAAUGAAUGAUUAUUUGGGGGGGUUUAGAAUGGACUAUCAUUUAUUUUUCGUCGUGUGAGGGCUCAAUUUGGCCACUUUCGGGGGUUCUAAACCAGCAAGAUCAUUUUUAAACGCCUUCGCUCAGUCCUCCCCACCCCACCUCCUCAGCUGCAUCAUUUUUCCAAUGUGGCUUUUAUUCAGAGACGGCGAUGAUGACGGUGAGAUGGUGAACGGGACACCUUGGGCUGACCCCUACCCGCAACAAAGCCAACUACUAGUCACUGUCUGGGGGCCUUUUUGUCCCAUUCUUGUGUGCGUGCCCUCUGCGGAGCGGUCAGGUUUUGUUUUGCGCCCUUUGAUUGCGGCCACAAGGCCAAAUAUGGCCCCCUCGUCCCCUCAAUAUGGGCCCGAUUAAUUUUUCAGCUCGGGGGCCCAUCUGUGGGGGUCGAUCCCGUACGUCAGCUAAAAAGUCAUAAAUCUACUGUGCGUGUUCAAUAGGCAGGGGUGAAGGGGGGGGGGGGGGGGGGUAGAUGGAUGAGCUUAUAAAAUAAAUAAUGACGCAGCAGUUGCAAUCCACAAACAUCUAAUUUUUUAAUUUAGCCCCGCCAGCAAAUCUUCAUGAAGCCAAUUAGGCUCAUUUUCGCUUAUUUUUCGACUUUAUUUAGAGGGAGAGCGGCAAAAAAGCGACGCCUCCCAUUGGCUGAGCUACCGGGUCACGUGGUCCAUACGGCCGUCCGUCUAUUUGACAGCCGCGGGGUGGCUUGAUGCCAGAGGGGGGAAAAGGGGGACACAGGGCGAAGGGGUAGAGGGAGAGAGAGAGGAAAAAGAAAAAUUAGUAUUCUCCUACCAGCCUCGCUAUAAAUCAAUCAUGGAGUCCUACGCGGUGAGCUGCAAAUACGCCGAGCCGCACUUCCCGCCUUGCGAGGAAGAUUACAGUCAUUUCACUGACCAAGGGGGGUAUUACAACAGCCCCCCGGACUGUGGCACGUACGGCGGUGGGCGCUACCAGCCUACGGCCGCAGCCCAUCCGCCCGAGCCCGGCUACGCACCGCAGUCAACCGCCUAUGAACAUUCCUUGCAGGCGCAACCGCCGCCGCAGCAGCAGCAGCAGCAGCACCCGCGGGAGGAUGCCGAGCGGCUGCCGCAGCAAGGUGCGCCUUUCCCCGGCUUCACCGAGCACGACGACGCCGAGGGGAAGGAGGGUGGCUUUCCGGAGAUGUGGAUGACGUGCGCGAGUAAGCCUGCUCAGGUGCAGAGGAGAAUCGGUGCCGGAGGGGGCCACCAGGCCAAAGACAAGCCGCCAAUCGUGGUCUACCCCUGGAUGAAGAAGGUGCACAUCGCCCACGUGAACCCGAACCACACUGGGCCGGAGCCCAAGCGUCUGCGCACGGCCUACACGCGUCAGCAGGUGCUGGAGCUGGAGAAGGAGUUCCACUUUAGCCGCUACCUGACGCGCCGCCGCCGCGUGGAAGUGGCGCACACGCUCUGCCUGUCCGAGCGCCAGGUCAAGGUGUGGUUCCAAAACCGGCGCAUGCGCUGGAAGAAGGACAACAAGCUGCCAAACACCAAGGGGCGCAGCAAGGCCAAGAAAAGCGCGGACAAGGCGGCCAUCCCGGUGUGAGAUUCAAAGGGGUUAGGGUCAGGGGGCUUUUGGACCCCCCGCCCCCCCCAAAUGACCAAGUGACGAUCCAGGCCUACAUUCCUCAAGCAUCCAUGUAUUAGCCUUAUAUAUAGCCUAUAGUCUUGUCAUUUUUGUUCUGGAUCUCCUGGAAGAAUUUUGUUGUGGAGACAACAGGGUUAUUUUUGUAAUUAUUAAUAUUAUUAUCGUUAUUAUUAUUUCUACAGGGUAAAAAACAAAACAGCAUAAUACAGGGUUGUAUAAGAGUGAGGCAGCGUAUUAGCUAUACUUAUAUGCACAUGACCAAAAUGGCAAACGCAAAGAUGACACAUAAGCAACAAAUGAGCACGCACUGUUGAUUUUUAUGUGCCAAAAGCAAUAGCGUGCAGCACACACACAUACACGCACCAACACGUGCACGCACGGACACGCGCACACACAUACACAGCUGAGCUCCAAAAGGUGUUUGCAUAUUUGUCUCAGGGUUUCCUUACAGGGUUUUAAAGUCCAUCCAACAAAGAAUAAUACGUUUUUUUUCUUUAUUCCAGUGUGAUAUGCCAAUUGGCCACCAUAAGUACUUAUCGUUUUUUUAUUAUGUGUAUGUUUCAUCGCAUAUUUCUAUUCUUGGUAGCAGCACGUGUCGUUUUGUAUGUGAGAAAGUACAGCAAAAGCAUCCGUGUACGACUUUUAUAUGUGUGGGAAAAACAUUUUGAUAAAAAAAGAACUUGGUUAAGUAAAUAAAAAGCUUUACAUUACAGCA